UUGAACCAACUGUCAACUAGACACUGCACUGAUACAUACAUAUGCAAAGGUGAAGCGUACGAACAGGUUUCAUAGUGUUAGAAAUGAAGAAGUCCUACCUGCUACUUGUUCUAUUUGUCCACGUUCUGCUAACCACUCAUAAAGUCGAAUCACAUAGACGCAGGAUAGGCUACAAGACAACAAAACCACCAACACGCAAACCAACCACUCGAAAGCCAACAAAAUCUCGGCGAAAACAUUGUCAUGUCAUGAAACACUGUGAGGUAACUCAGUGGAACGCGUGGAGUAGAUGUUCAGUAGCUUGCGGAACAAGCGGAGUGCAGAUACGCAAUAGAACGGUUGUUAAGCUUCCAGUUUGUGGGGGUGUUUGCCCAUUUGACUUGAAGCAGUCUCGCGGCUGUAAUCAUUACUGUCACAAUGGAGGUACCCUGGAAAAAACAACAUGCAGAUGUCUGCCCCGUUAUGGUGGACAAUGCUGCCAACAAGUUCACGGAGGAUGGAGCUGCUGGGGAGUAUGGGAAAAUUGCUCCAAGACCUGUGGUGGAGGCAAACAAACACGACACAGGACUUGUAACAACCCUCUCCCUGUCGGCGUGGGACUCCUGUGUCCGGAGAACGGUAACAGUCAAACCAAAGAAUGCAACGUCAUACCCUGUCCAGUUAAUGGUGGCUGGACGUCCUGGAGUUAUUGGAGCAAAUGCAGCGUGACUUGUGAUGGUGGAACACAAACGCGCUCUCGAUCGUGCACCAAGCCACCCGCUGCGCAUGGUGGUAAAACUUGUGCAGGGUCGAAGAAGGUGAUCCGGAACUGCAAAGAUAACGUUUUUUGUCCAGUAAAUGGUGGCUGGACGUCCUGGAGUGGUUGGAGCAAAUGUAGCGUGACUUGUGGUGGUGGAACACAAAAACAUUUACGCUCAUGCACCAAUCCACCCCCAGCCCAUGGAGGAAAAAUAUGUUCAGGUCUGGAGGAAGAGAGUCAGAACUGCAAAGAUGAUAUUCUGUGUCCAGGGAAUGGUGGCUGGACAACAUGGGGAGACUGGAACAAAUGCAGUGCCACUUGCGGAUGUGGAACACAAACACGUUCUCGCUCAUGUACCAAUCCACCUGUGGCCCAUGGUGGUAAGAAUUGCUCGGGUCCGAAGGAAAUGAUCCAGAACUGUAACCAUGACGUUCUCUGUCCAGUGGAUGGCGGAUGGACACCAUGGGGAGACUGGGACAAAUGCAGUGUCACUUGUGGAGGUGGAACCCAGAUGCGUUCUAGAUCAUGCACCAAUCCGCCCGCAGGUCAUGGGGGAAAAAUAUGUUCGGGUCUGAAGGAAGAGAUUCAGAACUGCAGCGAUGAUGUUCCGUGUCCAGUUAAUGGUGGCUGGACAUCGUGGGGAGACUGGGAUCAAUGCAGUACCCCUUGUGGAGGUGGAACACAAAAACGCUCUCGCUCAUGUACCAAUCCACCCGUGGCCCAUGGUGGUAAAACCUGUGCGGGUCCUAAGGAAAUGACUCGCAUUUGCAACGAUGAUGUAUGGUGUCCGGUAAAUGGCGGAUGGACUUCGUGGAGUGAUUGGAGGAAAUGCAGCGUGACUUGUGGUGGUGGAACACAAACACGUUCUCGCUCAUGCAAUAAUCCACCUGUAGCCCAUGGUGGUAAGAAUUGUUCGGGCCCAAACGAAAUGACUCAGAACUGCAACGAUGAUAUUUUGUGUCCAGUUGAUGGUGGCUGGUCUGGGUGGGGAAACUGGGGUCGGUGUGACAAGAGCUGCUUUAAAACAAGAAUAAGGAAGUGCAACAGGCCCUCUCCAUCCAACAAUGGCAAGCAAUGCCCCGGUCCACCCACAGAGAGGCUCAGAUGUUCUUUUGAUGAAUGUCUGGGAGGUAAUGGAGGUGGUGGAAAAGGCCUGAGAUUGAACCCUGACUUCAGAGACGAAGGCUCAGGAGACGGUUCUCUAGUAAGAAUAGCGGAAUGGACGAUUUGGAGUGAAUGGAGCGCGUGCUCUUCCACCUGCGGACGCAGCUUGAAAUUUAGAUACCGCACUUGCACUACUCGGCAACCUACCAACUGCCAGGGAGUUAGCCUGGAGACUAAAUCCUGUCAAGUACCGAUGUGUGAUGGCAUUGUACCGACAUAACUUACUAAACAUUUCUAUUUUCAAGGCUCUGGAAGAUAGUCAUUAGUCAGCUACUUGUGAUCGAAGAUGGAGAUGUAGACAAGAUCAAUUCAUUAGACAAAGUUUACUUAUGUUACUUUAUUUUUUUUCUUCCUUUUUUUGAUUCAUACUUGAACUUGAACUUUGAACUUGAACUUUAUUUUUAU